UCUCUUUCCAUACAACCACUCCCUGGCUCCCUGCUUCUACUGAAACCUAUAGGCUACUAGCUAGUGCUCUCACUCUCACUCACUCACACUGUCACUUCCACAUUUUCUUUGCUCUCUCACUGUCCGUACGUCGUCGGCUUGAUCACCAACCUUGCUGACGGUGGUCGGUCGCCGGAGUUCGAGGAGAAGAAGGCAGUAGAGGUGUGGUGGUGAUAUUGCAGGCGGCGACCAUGUCGAGCCGCCGUGGUGGUGGUGGUGGAGGAGGGAGGAUCACCGACGAGGAGAUCAACGAGCUCAUCUCCAAGCUUCAGGCCCUCCUCCCGGAGUCCUCCCGCAGCCGCGGCGCAAGCCGGUCGUCGGCGUCGAAGCUGCUCAAGGAGACGUGCAGCUACAUCAAGAGCCUGCACCGGGAGGUGGACGACCUGUCCGACCGGCUGUCGGAGCUCAUGUCGACGAUGGACAACAACAGCCCGCAGGCCGAGAUCAUCCGGAGCCUCCUCCGGUGAUCGAUCCUAGCUCUAUCAGUAGCUGCAGCGACGACGACGAUUGAUGGAGGACGAGCUUGCUAGCUAGCGAUUGAGGAGGGAGACGACAAGAUUUUUUUGCUCUUCUUUGUUUCUUUCUUCGAUCUCUCCUGAAAAGGGAAAAGUGUUUGUUUCUCAGGUAAUCACCGAAGGCCCCUGCAUUGUUUAGGAGAAGAAAAAGGGUUGUCUUGUUUGGUAUGUACUGUACCAGGGCUAAUAGAGAUCGAUAUAUGUGGAUUUCUAUUAGCUGCUAGUAGAGUUAUUAGUAGCUAGAUUAGCUACUUAAUUUAGCUUGUAGACGUACUACUACUGUACUUAAGCUGCUUUGAUAAGCUUCAGAGAUGCAUCUAGAGGUGUUUGUUUA